GAUCAAGCCAUUGCUCCGGACACCAUUCUAAAAUCAACAAUCCAGAUUCAAUUCUCUCCCUUAAUCCAAGGGUGUGUAUAGCCCACCGCAUUCCCCCAUAAACAAAAAACUUCCGGUUUCUAUCUCUUUCUUUCCAAUCUUCCAAUAAAUCCUUCAAACUUACACCCUAAUCCACUCCCUCUUUCACUUUCACUUUCACUUUCACUUUCUAACUCUCUGAUUCUUUCUCUUUUUCUCUGAUUCCUUUUCCCAUUUUGGGUUUUGAUUUUUACAUUAAAUUCUGCUUCAUUGUUUUUCUUCCACUUUAAUACGGAGGAAGGAAGGAAGAUAAGAUGCAAAACAACGGUUCUGAUUCGCAGCCACAGGAACCAAAUCAACGGCAUCAACAACAGCCGCACCCAUGGAUACCGCCAAUGCAGUACCCGCCGCCGCCCAUGGUAAUGCCGCAUCAUAUGAUGACGCCACAGCAUUAUAUGGCGCCGCCGUUACCGCCGCCGUAUAUGCAUUAUCAUCAUCAAUAUCACCACCAUCAUCUCCCUAUUCAACCUUCGCAACCGCUGAAGGGAUCUGGUAGUGAAAAUAAGACGAUUUGGGUCGGUGACUUGCAUCAUUGGAUGGACGAGAGUUACCUCCAUUCCUGCUUCUCUUCUGUCGGCGAGAUUUCGUCUAUGAAAGUCAUUCGUAACAAGCAAACGGGUUUGUCUGAAGGGUAUGGAUUUGUAGAAUUUUUAUCUCAUACAACUGCUGAGAAAGUUCUUCAGAACUAUUCGGGAAUGUUCAUGCCAAGUACAGAGCAGACUUUCCGCCUGAAUUGGGCGACAUUUAGUACUGGUGACAAGCGAUCAGAUAAUGAUCCCGAUCUUUCUAUUUUCGUUGGAGACUUAGCUGCAGAUGUUACCGAUUCUUUGUUGUACGAAACAUUUUCUAGUAAAUUUCCUUCUGUUAAAGCAGCAAAAGUUGUAAUUGAUGCCAACACUGGUCGUUCAAAGGGUUAUGGUUUUGUGCGGUUUGGAGAUGACAAUGAAAGGUCUCAGGCCAUGACUGAAAUGAAUGGUAUAUAUUGUUCAAGCAGACCCAUGCGCAUCGGUGCUGCAACACCCAGAAAGUCUUCUGGAUAUCAGCAGCAGCAUUCUUCACAAGGAGGAGGAUAUUCAACAAAUGGUUACUUCAGCCAAGGUCUCCAAUCUGAAGGAGAUUCUGCAAAUACAACUAUAUUUGUUGGAGGGCUUGAUCCUAAUGUCACUGAUGAAGACCUGAGGCAACCUUUCUCACAGUACGGUGAGAUUGUAUCUGUUAAAAUACCAGUUGGUAAAGGAUGUGGAUUUGUCCAAUUUGCCAACAGAAAUGAUGCUGAAGAGGCUUUGCAGAAACUAAAUGGAACUGUAAUUGGCAAGCAAACUGUUCGUCUUUCUUGGGGUCGAAAUCCAGCAAAUAAGCAGUUCAGAGAUUUUGGGAACCAAUGGAAUGGAGCUUACUACGGAGGGCACAUAUAUGAUGGAUAUGGAUAUGGGUUGGCAUCUCCUCACGAUCCAAGUAUGUAUCACGCAGCUUAUGGAGCUUAUACUGUCUAUGGAAACCAUCAGCAACAAGUAGAACAGAUGAAGUUACUUUAGCUCCUAAUUAAUCCAUCCUUAGGCACUUUCCAAGUAGAACAGGUGAAGUUACCAUAGCUUCUGAAUUCACUUGGUUUUUUAGAUUUUUUUCCCCAUAUUAAUUAUCCUCCAUCUGGCCUAGUGGAACUGAAUUUUGAUGACAUAAGCUAGUUUCUCUCAUCUCGUAGGGGAUAUUUAUAUAUUUAUUUCAUUCAGAUUGUUACUCUUACUGAGAUUGAUAACAAACUUAAUUAUUAGGAUAAUAUAUGAUCUCGAAAUAGUGUAUGCAUGUUACAAUGUCUCGGUUAUAUACCUAUACUUUGGUCAGUCAUUUGAUUUCCAGUU